AUGUUGUUGUUUUGUUUGCAGACACCACUUCAUGUGGCUACAAUCACAGAACAAGCUGAAAUAGCUGAGAAGCUCCUCCAGGCUGGAUGUGACCCGGAAGUCCGAGAUUACCGCGGAAAUACCGCCUUACACAUUGCCUGUGAGCGGGGAUCCCUACGUGGAUUUGGCGUCAUAGUGCAAUACAGUAGAUUCCAGCUGACCUCCCUUCUUCAGUGCUCCAAUUAUGAUGGUCAUACAUGUCUACACCUAGCAUCCAAUAACGGUUUUCUUGCCAUCGUGGAACACUUGAUCAGUCUGGGAGCAGAUAUUAAUGCUCAGGAGCCUUGCAAUGGGCGCACAGCUCUCCACAUGGCUGUGGAUAAACAGAAUCCAGACUUGAUGUUUUUGUUGCUCAAACAUGGAGCCGAUGUGAACAGAGUUACAUACCAAGGCUACUCACCAUGCCAACUUACCUGGGGAAGGACUAACAGUCAAAUCCAGCAACACCUACUGACUGUAACAGAAAAGAACUUGCAAUACCUGCCGGAGAGCGAGGAUGAGGACAGUUCUGACUCCGAAUCAGAGCAUUCAGAUGAUGAGGUGAUUAUUGGAAUCUGA